GCCAACCAUCUCCAUCGCACGCUAGUCUCUCUUCCGAGUCUCCGACUCUGCACGGUACCCGUCGGAGGUCAUCAUCCUAUCUUCCCGUUGUGUUAGGGGAAGAAGUUCCUACUUGAUUCGACGCAGAUCACUACGCACGACAUUCCUGUCUGAUUGACUUCUCUUUUUUCGUUUUCUGCUUUCUCCUUAUCCCCCUGGUCAGACGCAUACCGCUUCUCGCCAGCAUCGUUGGGUGAAACCGCGCAACAAAGAGGGCUGCCGAUCGCCCAGCGUCUAUCGGCUUCGCCUGCGAAGUCCGCCCGCCUCGCCUCCGUCCUUUGUAUCUGUCCUUUAUGCCCAGCCCAAAUGCGCCUCUUUAACAAAUUUCACGCGGUGUGCGCCUUGGCCGUCUGCAGCAUCCUGUUGUCGGCCUCCUUUCUCGCCUCUCAGCACUACUACCGCCGGGUAGUCUUACCAAAUCAGCCGUCGUCGGAAUUUCGCGCCUCGGCAUCUUUCGACCGCCGCUUAGUCGUCUUCGGUGACUCGUGGAGCGAUAACAAUGCCGCGGAGAUUCAGGGGUCUGUAUGGACGGAUUGGCUUUGUAUGUCGUUCUCAUGUCACCACGAGAACCUAGCAGAGACAGCCAAGUCUCUGAGUGGAAACUACAUUGGCUCCGUGGUGGAUAACACGGAACUCUCGGGCUCCUUACUCAACCUCUACAAGACCCCACUGGCAGAUCUGAAAGCCCAGAUCGCCAGUUGGAUCACGGCUGAGACGGAAGCCGUAAAAGAGAUGGACGACGAGGCGAUUGGCAUGCGUCAAAAUCGCACUAUUGUGGUCGUCUCCUUUGGUGUAUGGGACCUGUGGAAUGUAAUCGGCAAGACGUACGAAGACGCAUCCAAAGCGGUUGAACGCAACGUUGGAGUCAUCAUGGACCAGCUCAAUUUGCUGGCCGAGACCUGGGGCAGUAAUGAGCUCAAGAUUAUCCUGACGUUGGCCCCAGAUGUAACCUUCCUUCCGGCCUAUAGAGCUCAGGGGGAGCCGCAGAUUACCAAACACAAAGACGCCAUCAGGAUCAUGGAGUACUGGAAUGGGGAGCUCCGCAAUAACGCCGAAGACUGGGCAAACGGGACGAUUUAUUUGUUCGACACCAAUUCUUUCUUGGCCGACCAGAUCCGUGACUGGCAACUCUUUGCUGCUGGUAUUGAGGAAACAAGUGGAUUGGGCAAGAAUGAGGAUCCCGGAUGGGAGAAUGUCGAAGACGCAUGCGUCCAAAGCAGCCAGCAAUGGGUGAUGACGUCAGACACGUCAGAAUGCGACCGUCCGGAGAAAUUUCUGUUCUGGAACGAUAUGCACCUUGGCCCCUCGGCGCAUAGGCUCCUGGGCGCGGAAGUGUUCCAUGGAAUCGAAGAGAUGUGGCUCGGGUGAAACUUUUCUUGAAAGAUCAAAAUAACAGAGCAAAAAAAAUUUUUCAAAGUGCAGCGAUAGGGUUCUCGCCUGGCCAGCUAAUCGUAAUUUCGCCGUGGUCGAAACGGGGUGUUCUGUAUGUAGAUGAUUAAACCACGGCCGGUUCCUGAGACCAUCAAACUCUUACGAAAAAGCACCAUCAAAUGGCGGCUAACCUUUUUCUCUAUUGAGCCUGAAGACCAGCCAUUUGUCUUGCU